GCUGAUAAGGCGCAGACCUCCGCGCGCUACUGCGCUUGUUUACCGCGCGCGCAGACUUCCUGCUCAGCUCCGCUCUCCUCUUCUGGACCUGCUGCUGGUUCUGCUGCUCCCGUUGGUUUUCUCAUCAAACUCGUCGUCGUUUCUGACUGAAGUCACCAUGAAAAUAGCAUCUUUCAACGUGAAGAACCUGGGACAGAAAAAGGUUUCAGACAAGAAGGUCAUCAGUCAUCUGAUCAAGAUCAUGUCUCGGUACAGCAUCGUGGUGAUCCUGGAGGUGAUGGAUAAAAGCGGCAAAGCCAUGAAGCUCCUGCUGGAGGAGCUCAACAGCACCAGCAAGAACAAGAAGAGUCCUUAUGAAAAGAUCGGCAGCAAACCUCUGGGCAGAGACACCUACAAGGAGAAAUACGUUUGCUUCUACAGAGAGGAUGAGGUGGAGCUGGUGGACUCCAUGCAGUACGCUGAUGACCAGCCUGGAGAUGAGGACGCCUUUGCCAGAGAGCCCUUCAUCCUGCGCUUCAGCUGUCCUUCCACUGCUGUGAAGGACCUGACCCUGGUCCUGGUCCACACCAUGCCUGGGGAUGCGGAGAAGGAGCUGGACGAGCUGUUUGAUGUGGUGACUAACGUUUCCUCAAAAUGGAAAACGGAUAACAUCAUGAUUUUAGGGGACUUCAAUGCAGACGGUCGAUAUCUGUCCAAGAAGAAGAAGGCAAAGAUCCGCAUCCAUCAGCCUCCUUUCUAUUGGCUGAUAGACGAUGAUGUCGACACCACAACCAGCACCUCCAACGACAACGCCUACGACAGGAUCGUGGUGUACGGACAGACCAUGCUGGACUCUGUCGUUCCUGGAUCUGCAAAGGCUUUCAACUUCCAGGAGGAGUUCAAUCUGGAUGAGGAAGAGGCUCUCAGCAUCAGUGACCAUUAUCCUGUGGAGGUGGAGCUGCUCCCAUUAUCAAAGAAAAGGCGGGCUCAGCCUCCAAAGACAGGUAUUGGUCAUGUGACUCCUGCAGGAAAGCUGCAGUAAAAAGUUCUCACUGAACGGAGCUUCCAAGAAGAAGGCUGUGAGGAGGAGAGGAGCAGCAGCGAAGGCACCAGCGAAGAGGGGACGUUAGCAGAAGUUUUUACAGCCGAACACCAGCAAACAACAUCCAAACAAUCACACACAAUCUUCCUAGAGAUUUCUGGUAAACAAUAUGACUAAAACAAUGGAAAAAAAAUCUUUUCUACAAACAUGAACCUGCUUUUGUGCAUCUGGAUUUAAAACUUUAGUUAUUUCUAAACAAAACCAACCACAUAGAAGCUCUCUCUGCUUCACAUGAAAUGAUGCUCAGGUAUUGAAUCCAAUGAUUUCAAAUCAUUACAAAUAUGAGCUGUGGUUGUGCUGUUACUGUCUUAUGCUGCAUUUUUUUAUAUAUUAUUAUAAACCAUCAGAACAGAAUUUUCUCUAAUUCAUUUCAAAGACCGAAGGUCUCACAUCACAACUGAAGUUUUCUGUGCUGAACAUCAACGUUUCUGUAAAACAGGAUUUUUUAAAAGGAAUUAAAGGUUUGGAUGUUUUUAAUAAAAGCUUUUUUAUCGUUUCAA